CUGCCCUUGAACUCACAGAGAUCCACCUGGCUCUGCCUCCCGAGUGCUGGGAUUAAAGGCGUGCGCCACCACUGCCCGGCUCUGUUUUAUUUUUCAAGACAGGGUUUCUCUGUGUAGCCCUGGCUGUCCUGGAACUGGAUCUGUAGACCAAGCUGACUGGAACUCAGAGAUCUGCCUGCCUCUGCCUCCCAAGUGCUGAGAUUAAAAGCAUGUGCCACCAUGCCCGGCCAGGCAUCUUUAUCUUAUUCCUGCUAAUCACAUGGUUUCUGGCAAUAGUUCUGACACUGCACCUCUUUCAGAAGCAUCCAUAGAAAGCCCCAGUGUGGUUAUACCUGCAAUCCUCCUUUCAAGACCAACCUUACUGAAGGCCAACCUUAACUACAUGAGUCUGUGUGUCAAAAGCCCAAGCUAACUGUCAUGAUGCAUGCCUAUAAUCCCAAUAUUUAGGAGGCUGAGACAGAAGGAGCAGAGCUUGAGACACACUCAACUACAUAUGGCCAUCUUUUAAAAAAAAAUGCUAUGACUUUGCCACAACUGGCAGUUGAUAGCAGCAGUCAGCUGGUGAUGGAAGCAGAAUCGAGGCUGAGGUGACUACACACCUAUUUCUCUAUGGACCUCUAGUUUGCAGAAUCUGGUAAAAAAAAGAAAGAUCUCAAGAAAUGCCAGAUCUGUCCUGGCAUUAUAAUGCCACUCUGCUUAUUCCAAGCAAUUCCUGUCUUUAUAGCCCCAAGAUCAAUGUAGGAGUCCUAUAAAGCCCACUUUAGAGCUGUUUCUAUUUCCAGAGUCUUGCUAGGAGUACACUUUCUCUGCAGAGGCCUUCUUCAUAUGACGGGGAAAAGUACUGUGCACACAGGCUUACUGUCUUUUUUUUAAUAUUUAUCUUUAUUUUUGUGUAUGUGCCUGGGUACCUGUAUGUUUAUCAUGUGUAUGAAGUUGCCCUAGGAGGCCAGAAGGUUCUCUUGGCGCUGGAGUUACAGGCAGUUGUGAACUCUCCAUUGUGGGUUCUGGUGAACUAAACCCAGGUCCUCUGCAAAAGCCAAAAGGUGAUCUUAACUACUGAGCUCUCUCUCCAGCCCCCAGGCUUCCUUUCAUGUCCAGGUGCCAGUCAGCCUCAGGGUCAGCCAUAGUAUUGUAGACAGAUGCACUAAUCUCUCCUUAGGACCCCACCCCUCAACCCAACUGCUAUUUCCCUAAGACUAAACCCUAGAGCUGAUGUUAAUUCACACAAGUUUUCAAAAAGUUUGGCUGUAUGUAGCAAGACCAAAAACAUAUUUAUGCUUUUUGACCCAAACAACCCCAUUUCUGGGAAUCUGUCCUAAGGGCAUUCUGCAAAUGAUUGAUGGAAAGCCUGUGUAGUAACAUGAAAUAUUUAUGAUUCAGUGAUUAAAAAGUCUGGAAGAUUGAGCAAGAGGCUAGCCAAAUGUGUUAGCGGUAUCAGAAUAAUAGAUUUAUUGCAGUCUUUUUCCCCCCCAAACUUUGUUUUGUUUGUUUUCUGAGACAGGGGCUCUCUAGGUAGCCCUGGCUGGCCCAGAGCUCUCUAUGUAGACCAGGUUGGGGCCUGGAACUCACAAGAGAUCCACCUCCCUCUGCCUCCUAAGUGCUGGGAAUAAAGGUAUAUGCCACCAUGCCCAGCUUCUUUCCCAAACUUUCCGUAUUAGUUAUUGAUUUUUACCCUCCUAUGCCAUAUCAGAGUUUAUCAACCAGGAGCAAACAGAACAGCACAAUCAGAUGGGAAAGCUAGACAUUUAACAAACAAGCUCUCUUCUCAUCUCCUGUCAUUUACACCUGGUUUCUUCAACUCUUAUUGUUGAGCACCACUCACUUUCUAGCAGGGGAAAGACUUUCAGUUGCUGUGCAUAAGUUAUGUCAUCACAAAUACAAUAAUAAGACAGGCCGAGCCAAUACAGGCCUGUAUAAUCCCUGAACUUGAGAGGUGGAGGCAAUAGGGCCAGGAGUUCAAGAUCAACCUGAGCUACCUGAGAACUUGUCUCUAAAAAACAUUUUUAAUUAAAAUUUUAAAGAUACAGUACACAAAUAAACUGAGUGUUAAUAAGAACCAUAAAGAAAAAAAGCAAUUAUCCACCAAGAGCGAAAGGGAGUCAAGGAAGUCUUCCAAAAGUUUGGACUGAUUGAUUCAAGUUCAGGUUUGAAGUUUAUCUGCCAAGACAAAGGGGCCCCAACAUGUACAAAGGCAAGAAUACGUGAACAACAUGGUGGGUUUAGGAAAUUACUGAGGGCAAUUCGGGACGGGACGGCAGCUGAGUGGGUGUGAGGCACUUAUGAGAGAAAAGGCUUUCGUUAUAGUUGGAUGGUGCAGGGUCCUGGGCUUUGGAACAAUCGUGAGAUUUGCAUUUUAGAGCGAUGACUCUGGCCUACAUGGAGAGAGUGGAAAGGAGGUCUUUGGGGUUGCGCUGGGUCAGGAAAAAAGGGUGGCCCAAAGGGGACCAGCACACUCCCUUUCUCAACAUCCUGACUGACACUUGGCCAGCGACUAGCGCCUCCAGGAUCUCCCCCCCUUCUCCUCCCCUUGGGCCCCCGCGGGCGGGCAGGCGAGCUAGGGAGGCGAGGCAAGGGGUGGCCCUGCCUGGGUGGUCUCCUGCCCCGCCCCCUGCGGCGCCGUUACCUAGCAACGGAUCCGGCAGCCGGGCUGCGGGUAAUUUGCGGCCCGCUCAGCCAAUGGGAGGGCGUCACCCCGGCCCGCUCCUUUUUCUGAGACUCCUGCUGCUUCCCGAGACCCGCAGUCGCCACCUUGAGCUGUGAGGUGCUUCUCAGCCAGCCGGUUCCACCCACACGCGGAGCCCACUCUGGACCGCGGCCCACGGAUCCAGCGGGACUUAGCGCUGCGGGCCUGCACCACCCCGCACCGCCGCUCCAGGCUGCUCCUGUGCGUCUGCACCCGCGUCUCACCCACGACCGCACGUUCGCGACCCCUAGGAAUCCCCAGCCGAAUCCCCCAGACGGCACAAGGGGCCGAGCUAACCUAUGGCCGCGCUCAGAUAACGCAGGUUGGGGGCGUUCGCGCCCCCCAUCCUCACCAGCAUGGUUCGGCCGCUGACCCUUGGAGAGCUGCCUCCAGGCUACACACCUCCAGCUCGGUCCGCAGCUCCUCAGAUCCUAGCUGGAAGCCUGCAGGUUCCUCUCUGGCUUCGCGCUUACUUCCAAGGCCUACUCUUCUCCCUGGGGUGCAGGAUCCAGAGACACUGUGGCAAAGUGCUCUUCCUGGGACUGGUAGCCUUUGGGGCUCUGGCACUGGGUCUCCGAGUGGCCGUAAUUGAGACAGACUUGGAGCAGCUUUGGGUAGAAGUGGACAGCCGGGUGAGCCGGGAGCUGCAUUACACCAAAGAGAAACUGGGAGAGGAGGCUGCCUACACCUCUCAGAUGUUGAUUCAGACUGCACGCCAGGAAGGGGGAAGCGUCCUCACCCCCGAGGCCCUGGGCCUUCACCUCCAGGCAGCCCUCACAGCCAGUAAAGUACAAGUGUCACUUUAUGGGAAGUCCUGGGAUUUGAAUAAAAUCUGCUACAAGUCAGGCGUUCCGCUUAUUGAAAAUGGAAUGAUUGAGCGGAUGAUUGAGAAGCUGUUUCCAUGUGUGAUCCUCACCCCGCUUGACUGCUUCUGGGAGGGAGCCAAACUCCAAGGAGGCUCUGCCUACCUGCCGGGCCGUCCUGAUAUCCAGUGGACCAACCUGGAUCCCCAGCAGCUGCUAGAGGAGCUGGGCCCCUUCGCCUCUCUGGAAGGCUUCCGGGAGCUGCUCGAAAAAGCACAGGUGGGCCAGGCCUACAUGGGGCGACCUUGUCUGGACCCUGAUGACCAGCACUGCCCUCCUAGUGCCCCCAACUACCACAGCAGGCAGGCUCCCAAUGUGGCUCAAGAGCUGAGUGGGGGCUGCCAUGGCUUCUCCCACAAGUUCAUGCAUUGGCAAGAGGAACUGCUGCUGGGAGGCACAGCCAGAGAUCUCCACGGACAGCUGCUGAGGGCAGAAGCCUUGCAGAGCACCUUCCUGCUGAUGAGUCCCCGCCAGCUGUAUGAGCACUUCCGGGGUGACUACCAGACUCACGACAUUGGCUGGAGUGAGGAGCAGGCCAGCACAGUGCUACAGACCUGGCAGAGGCGCUUUGUGCAGCUAGCCCAGGAGGCUCUGCCUGCCAAUGCAUCCCAGCAGAUCCACGCCUUCUCCUCCACCAGCCUGGACGAUAUCCUGCUCGAGUUCUCUGAAGUCAGUGCCCCCCGUGUGGCGGGAGGCUAUCUGCUCAUGCUGGCCUACGCCUGUGUGACGAUGCUACGGUGGGACUGUGCCCAGUCCCAGGGUGCCGUAGGUCUUGCUGGGGUGUUGCUGGUGGCCCUGGCAGUGGCCUCAGGCCUUGGACUUUGUGCCCUGCUCGGCAUCACUUUCAAUGCUGCUACUACUCAGGUCCUGCCCUUUUUGGCUCUGGGCAUCGGCGUGGAUGACAUAUUCCUGCUGGCACAUGCCUUCACAAAGGCCCCACCUGACACCCCUCUCCCAGAGCGCACGGGUGAAUGCUUGCGGCGCAUGGGCACCAGUGUCGCACUCACAUCCAUCAACAACAUGGUCGCUUUCUUCAUGGCUGUCCUGGUCCCCAUUCCUGCACUGCGGGCUUUCUCCCUCCAGGCAGCCAUAGUGGUCGGCUGCAACUUUGCAGCCGUGAUGCUUGUCUUCCCAGCCAUCCUCAGCCUCGACCUGCGCCGCCGCCACCGCCAGCGCCUAGAUGUUCUCUGCUGCUUUUCUAGCCCCUGCUCUGCUCAAGUCAUUCAGAUCCUGCCCCAGGAGCUGGGGGACAGAACAGUACCAGUGGGCGUCGCCCACCUGACUGCCACGGUGCAAGCUUUUACCCACUGCGAAGCCAGCAGCCAGCACGUAGUUACCAUCUUGCCUCCUCAAACCCACCUGAUGUCCCCACCUUCCGACCCACUGGGCUCUGAGCUCUACAGCCCUGGAGGGUCCACACGGGACCUUCUAGGCCAGGAGGAGGGGACAAGGCCGAAAGCAGCCUGCAAGUCCCUGCUCUGUGCCCACUGGACUCUUGCCCAUUUUGCCCGCUAUCGGCUUGCACCCUUACUGCUCCAGACACAAGCCAAGGCCCUGGUGCUGGCGAUCUUUGGGGCACUUUUGGGCCUGAGCCUCUAUGGAGCCACGUUGGUACAAGAUGGGCUGGCCCUGACAGAUGUGGUACCUCGGGGCACCAAGGAGCAUGCCUUCCUGAGCGCCCAGCUCAGGUACUUCUCCCUGUAUGAGGUGGCCUUGGUGACCCAGGGUGGCUUUGACUACGCCCACUCCCAACGCGCCCUGUUUGAUCUGCACCAGCGUUUCAGCUCCCUCAAGGCCGUGUUGCCCCCGCCCGCCACCCAGGCGCCCCGCACCUGGCUGCACUACUACCGCAGCUGGCUGCAAGGUAUCCAGGCGGCCUUUGACCAGGACUGGGCUGCCGGACGCAUUACCCGCCACUCUUACCGAAACGGCUCUGAAGAUGGCGCCCUGGCUUACAAACUGCUCAUCCAAACCGGGAAUGCCCAGGAGCCUCUGGAUUUCAACCAGCUGACCUCAAGGAAACUGGUGGACAAGGAGGGACUGAUUCCACCAGAACUCUUCUACAUGGGGCUAACUGUGUGGGUGAGCAGUGACCCCCUGGGCCUAGCAGCCUCUCAGGCCAACUUCUACCCCCCACCUCCCGAAUGGCUGCACGACAAAUACGAUACCACUGGGGAGAACCUUCGCAUCCCAGCAGCCCAGCCUUUGGAGUUUGCCCAGUUCCCCUUUCUGUUGCAUGGACUCCGAAAGACUGCAGACUUUGUGGAAGCCAUCAAAGGGGCCCGGGCGGCGUGCUCAGAGGCAGGCCAGGCAGGAGUGCGUGCCUACCCCAGUGGCCCCCCCUUCCUCUUCUGGGAGCAGUACCUGGGGCUGCGGCGCUGCCUCCUGCUGGCGGUCUGCAUCUUGCUGGUGUGCACCUUCCUGGUCUGUGCUCUGCUGUCACUCAAUCCGUGGACAGCCGGCCUCAUAGUGCUGGUCCUGGCGAUGAUGACUGUGGAGCUCUUUGGUAUCAUGGGAUUCCUGGGCAUCAAGCUGAGUGCCAUCCCUGUGGUGAUCCUUGUGGCCUCUGUAGGCAUUGGUGUUGAAUUUACAGUUCACGUGGCUCUGGGCUUCCUGACCACCCAGGGUAGCCGGACCCUGCGGGCUGCUUGCGCUCUAGAGCAAACAUUCGCCCCUGUGGCCCAUGGGGCCGUCUCCACGUUGCUGGGUCUGCUCAUGCUCGCUGGUUCCAACUUCGACUUCAUUAUAAGGUACUUCUUCAUGGUGCUGACAGUGCUAACCCUCUUGGGCCUGCUCCAUGGACUCGUGCUGCUGCCUGUACUGCUCUCCAUCCUGGGCCCCCCACCACAGGUGGUACAGAUGUACAAGGAGAGCGCACAGGUCCUAAGCCCUGCAGCUCCACUGGGAGGAGGUGGGCUCAGGUGGGGCAUGCCCCCUACCCUGCCCCAGAGUUUUGCCAGAGUGACUACCUCCAUGACUGUGGCCCUCCACCCACCACCACUACCUGGAGCCUACAUUCACCCAGCCUCUGAUGAGCCCACGUACUCCCCCGCUGCCACCCUAGCCGCUGACACCUCUGGCAGCCUCAGGACUGGAGGACCAGGACCGGGUCCAGCCACUGAGUGAAAGAGCAUCUGAAUCGCAGAGACCCUACGUGACGUCACUGGGAAGCAAUGGGUGUGGUGUGAAAUGCACGAUGGACCCCUGGAAGGCCCUAUGCUGCUCGCUGCUUCUCCUCCCCUGACUCGGCCACCCCACACUUACACCCAAAGAGAACAGCUACUGCUUGGCUGAGAGCCUCCUAACGCAUAGGCCUCAUGGAACGUAUGUGUGUCCAGGUUGGGGUGAAAGGCGCAUUCUAGCUGCAGUGCAGCCCUGUCUUCUGCCCCACACAGUCACCUCAGCGGACCAAGCCUGAGGGUGCUUAGCACACUCUCCCAGGCCUCGCCCUUCAUUGCUUGGUGACUCCUAAGGAGGCCUUCUGUACCUCUUCCCACCUCCUGCCAUAUAAAUUAUUUAUACGAAGAUGUUUAUUUUUGUAUAUAGAUGCUAUUGCUGCUGAAAGUUUUAUUUUUAAAGAGUAAAAUAUAUUCUAUACAAACUCCUUU